GAUCUACAGAUCCAACGAUCUACCGAUCCAGCUAUCUAUAGAUGCAUCGAUCUACCGAUCCAGCGAUCUAUAGAUCCAUCGAUCUACAGAUCCAGCGAUCUAAUGAUCCAGCGAUCUACAGAUCCAGUGAUCUGCCGAUCCAGCUAUCUAUACAUCUAUCGAUCUACCGAUCCAGCGAUCUAUAGAUCCAUCGAUCUACAGAUCCAGUGAUCUACCGAUCCAGCGAGCUGCAGGUUCAGCGAUCUACAGAUCCAGCGAUCUACCGAUCCAGCGAUCUACAGAUCCAGCGAUCUAUAGAUCCAUCGAUCUACCGAUCAAGCGAUCUACAAAUCCAACGAUGUACAGAUCCAGCGAUCUACAAAUCCAGCGAUUUACAGAUCCAGCGAUCUACAGAUCCAGCGAUGUACCGAUCCAGCGAUCUAUAGAUCCAUCGAUCUACCCAUCCAGCGAUCUACCGAUCCAGCGAUCUAUAUAUCCAUCGAACUACCGAUCUAGCGAUCUACAGAUCCAGAGAUCUCCCGAUCCAGCGAUCUACAGAUCCAGCAACCUACCGAUCCAGCGAUCUAUAGAUCCAUCGAUCUACCGAUCCAUCGAUCUACCGAUCCAUCAAUCUACAUAUCCAGCGAUCUACCGAGCCAGCGAUCUAUGGAUCCAUUGAUCUACCGAUCCAGCGAUCUUCAGAUCCAAUAAUCUACCGAUAGAGCGAUCUACCGAUCGAGAGAUCUACAAAUUAAGCGAUUUCCGAUCAAGCGAUCUACAGAUCCAGGAAUCUAGGGAUUCAGAGAUCUACCGAUGAAGCGAUCUGCCGAUUCAGCGAUCUACCGAUCCAGGGAUCUACCGAUCCAGGAAUCUACCGAUCCAGCGAUCUACAGAUCCAGCGAUCUACAGAUCCAGAGAUCUACAGAUCCAGCGAUCUACAGAUCCAGCGAUCUACCGAUCCAGCGAUCUACCGAUCCAGCGAUCUACAGAUCCAGCGAUCUACCGAUCCAGCAAUCUAUAGAUCCAUCGAUCUACCGAUCCAGCGAUAUACAGAUCCAGUGAUGUACCUAUCCAGCGAUCUAUAGAUCAAUUGAUCUACCGAUCCAGCGAUCUACAGAUCCAGCGAUCUAUUGAUCCAGCGAUCUAUAGAUCCAGGAAUCUACCGAUCGAGUGAUCCACAGAUCCAGUAAUUUACAGAUCUAGCAAUCUCUCGAUCCAGCGAUCUAUAGAUCCAUCGAUCUACAGAUCCAGCGAUCUACCGAUCCAGCGAUCUACCGAUCCAGCGAUCUACAGAUCCAACGAUCUACCGAUUCAGCAAUUUAUAGAUCCAUCGAUCUACCGAUCCAGCGAUCUACAGAUCCAGUGAUGUACGUAUCCAGCGAUCUAUAGAUCAAUUGAUCUACCGAUCCAGCGAUCUACAGAUCCAGCGAUCUACCGAUCCAGCGAUCUAUAGAUCCAGGAAUCUACCGAUCGAGUGAUCUACAGAUCCAGUAAUUUACAGAUCUAGCAAUCUACCGAUCCAGCGAUCUAUAGAUCCAUCGAUCUAAUGAUCCAGGGAUCUACAGAUCCAGCGAUCUGCCGAUCCAGCUAUCUAUACAUCUAUCGAUCUACCGAUCCAGCUAUCUAUAUAUCCAUCGAUCUACAGAUCCAGCGAUCUACCGAUCCAGCGAUCUACCGAUCCAGCGAUCUACAGAUCCAACGAUCUACCGAUUCAGCAAUUUAUAGAUCCAUCGAUCUACCGAUCCAGCGAUCUACAGAUCCAGUGAUGUACGUAUCCAGCGAUCUAUAGAUCAAUUGAUCUACCGAUCCAGCGAUCUACAGAUCCAGCGAUCUACCGAUCCAGCGAUCUAUAGAUCCAGGAAUCUACCGAUCGAGUGAUCUACAGAUCCAGUAAUUUACAGAUCUAGCAAUCUACCGAUCCAGCGAUCUAUAGAUCCAUCGAUCUAAUGAUCCAGGGAUCUACAGAUCCAGCGAUCUGCCGAUCCAGCUAUCUAUACAUCUAUCGAUCUACCGAUCCAGCUAUCUAUAUAUCCAUCGAUCUACAGAUCCAGCGAUCUACCGAUCCAGCGAUCUACCGAUCCAGCGAUCUACAGAUCCAACGAUCUACCGAUCCAGCAAUUUAUAGAUCCAUCGAUCUA